AUGACAUGGACCGAGAAAGUGGCAUUACUAUCUGGUAUUGAUGGGUGGCAAACGUCAGAAAUCAGUCGUCUGGGUAUCGGGUCUUUGAAGACAACAGAUGGCCCGGUCGGGGCGCGAGGGAAUCAAAUAGUUGACGGACCGCGUGCAUUAUUCCUCCCUGCUACCGUGCUACUGGCAUCUACAUGGUCCAAGUCAGAUCUCCGCGAGAUAGGCCGCGUCUUGAGUAGGGAGGCGAAAACGAAACGGUCCCAGAUCUUGUUGGCACCGACUGUAUGUUGUGCACGGAAUCCACUUGGUGGGAGAAACUUUGAGUCCUUCUCUGAAGACCCAUUCUUGAGCGGUACGCUUGCGAUCGAUUAUGUGAGUGGUGUGCAGGAGAGUGGAGAAGUAGUAGCAACAGCGAAGCACUUUGUCGCGAACGAUCAGGAGUACCAACGAUUCAGCAUUAACGUGAACGUUGAGCAGAAAGCACUGCGCGAGAUCUACCUCCGACCUUUCGAGAUGCUCGUUAAGUCAUCCUCCCCGCCAGGAUGUUUCAUGACAGCGUACAAUCGCGUCAACGGAGAGCACAUGGAUUCAAACAAAACUCUUGUCAAUGACAUUCUACGCAAGGAGUGGGGCUACCAAGGCCUCGUAAUGAGCGAUUGGGGUGGCACAAAUUCUACUGUUGAAAGUGUGUUAGCAGGAUGCGACUUAGAAAUGCCAGGUCCUUCCGAGCUAAGAGGGGAAAAACUUACCAAAGCUCUGAACAGCAAGAAACAUCCAGGUUUGGAGCCAGCUGUUGAUGCGUCUUGUCGUCGUCUCUUGACUCUAGUGAAGAGGUUAAAUCUGCUUGGACUAAACGAGGCAGACGCAAAAGCUACUCGUCUGCAAGAGGAGUAUACAUCCACUAAUGAUGAAGACAUUACAACUGUACGAAGGAUAACCGCAGAGGGCGCAGUUCUUUUGAAGAACUCCGAGAGAACGUUGCCCCUAAAACCUGUCGAACUAGCCGGUAAAAAGGUGGCGUUUAUUGGUUCAAAAUCGAAAAUGUGUACACCUGGCGGUGGAGGUUCGGCAAGCAUGAAUCCUCAGUACCUCAGUCAACCGAUAGAGGCUUUCAAAACCUUGACAGCAAGUCUCGGAGUAUCGGUCGAAGUCAAUUACUGCUCUGGCAUGUACAGUAACAAAUGGCUCCCUUUGAUCUCGUCAGAGCAAUGGAGGCUGAUGCCACACAUGAUAACAAAUCCGACGGACUCCGGCGCCAUGUUACGCUUGGAGUUUUUCUCAACGACCAAUCUCACCGGGCCUAUCCAAGCGACGCAAUUCAGAACGAGCUCUUACGUCGACUUGUUUGACACUGCUCCCACAGACAUGCUUGGCAAGCCAUAUUCGUUCCGGCUAACCUCGACGGUUACCCCAUCGAGGAGCGGAAUGCACUCUUUUAGUGUUUCCUCUGUUGGGAGCGCAAGAUUGUACCUCGAUCGAGAACUGAUACUUGACAACAACAACUGGGAAGAGAAAGGGGAGACAUUCUAUGCUUUCGGAAGCGCGGAAGUUAUAAGGGCUGUAGAUAUGCAAGCUGCAAAAACUUACGAAAUUACCGUAGAAUGUGCUACACGACAACAUAUGACCGAGGCUUCUGUGCAGGCGAAAGAAGCUGAAGUUGAUCCCCUGCACGUUUUCGCCAGUCAAGCGGGUCUACGGCUUGGCUUUCUAGAGCAACUACCACCCACUCUCGAAACAGACGCAAUUGCGCUGUCGAAUGCAAGUGACUACACAGUAGUCAUACUUGGCCUCGAUGAUGAAUGGGAAUCUGAAGGCUACGACAGGGGGAGCCUGUCCUUACCAGCAUCACAGGACAGCCUCGUCCGCAGUCUGAUCAAGCAAUCAAGAUGUCCGGAAUCGAUUGUGUUUGUAAACCAAUCAGGAACACCAGUCGAAAUGCCAUGGGCAUCUGAUUCACGGAUUGCCACGAUACUCCAAAUAUGGUACGGGGGCCAAGAGGCUGGCAACGCAUUAGCAGAUAUACUCUUAGGCAUCGCGACACCAUCAGGUCGUUUACCAGUCACUUGGCCCAAAAGGUAUCAAGACCUACAUUUUGCAGAUCGCAGGGAAUUGUGGCCUGGAGUCGAUGGACAAGUAUGGUACGAGGAAGGUACAAGCGUCGGUUAUCGAUGGUAUCUAAAAAACCAAAUAGAACCGCAGUGGUGGUUUGGAUUUGGCCUUAGCUAUACGGAAUUCGAGGUACGCGAUUUGGCCGUAGCUCAGCUGCCAGGCGAAGAACAUGGAUGGGAGUUAUCGGUGACGGUAAAAAACAUCGGUGAGUAUCCAAGCGAUGAGGUAGUUCAAGUGUACAUGUCUCCAGCGGAAGAUCCAUCUGCUCGGAAACUUGUGGCUUAUGGAAAGACUCCUACUUUGGCGCCAGCAAAGGAGAUAACAGUCACACUCAUUGUAAAUGCUCGGGAUGCAGCCAACUGGAUUAGUGGAAGCUGGGAGCUAGAAGCUGUUUCGACCGUGGUCAAGACUCUCAGUUCCAAUCGAACAAUAACGUUGGCCCUUUUAUGCCCACCGUACCUCAUUGCCAGAUUUCUUACCAUCGCGGUGUCCUCGUCGUCCGACAGGUUCAAUGAGCGUAUCUGUCAUAUCACCAUCUCGAAAAUAGUGGCGACCGUCGGCUUCAUCGCAGCUUUCACGAUUCUCAACCUGGCGGGCCGACACAUGGCCAAAGUGAUCUUCACCAUUGGCACAUGUGGUGUCAAUUCCCUUGUCCUUGGCUGGUGCGCUUCGGUAUGCGGUCAGACAAAAGAGAAUAAGGCGGCUACCGUUUUCAUCGUCAUAACCAUCAUGGUUUCCUCCUUCAUUUAG